ACGCGAUAGAUAUCAAACUUUCAUUUGGAAUCGAGACAAGUUGAUGGAGACCAGCAAUAAUAUAGCUGAUAAGGGUCAGCCAUUACGGGUUGACCCGAACCUCCCGAGAUGGGUCUGCCACAACUGUCGCCACAACCUCUGCAUCGCCGGCGUCGAUUCUUACUCCGACAAGUUCUUCAACGACUUCUCUCCUCGCUCCGGAAUGCAGGGCUCUUCGGUCCACGGUGCUGGCAGUGUGUUGGGGUCAACACAUAUGGACCAUUCAUUUGUUGUAUUGCCAAAGCAAAGAAAUAAGGCACUGGGGGUACCUCCUUGUCCCCGUGGUGGAGGGGUGCAGACUGAUGCAAGCCAGUCGGGGAAGGCAUUGGAAGAGUCAUUUGUCGUGUUGCCUCUCCCUGCUGCAUCUGUGUACAAGAGUGAUGGAGGUGGAACCCAUUUUCCAUCACAAGAGGGUGGAACGGGUGCUCCUAUGCAGCCAAACAAUUCUGAGUUUCACUCGACCAUAACUGUCCUCAAACGUGUAUUUGAUAUUGCCACGACCCAGAUGCAGGUUGAGCAACCUUUAUGCCUAGAGUGCAUGAGGGUAUUAUCCGAUAAACUUGAUAAGGAGGUUGAAGAUGUGAACAGGGACAUCAAAGCUUAUGAAGCCUGCCUUCAACGCUUGGAGGGUGAAACACGAAAUGUUGUUAGUGAGGCUCAUUUUCUCAAGGAGAAACUAAAGAUUGAAGAAAAAGAGCGGAAACUCGAAGCAGCAAUUGAAGAGACAGAAAAACAGUGUGAGAAAGUGACUGCCGAAUUGAAAGAAUUGGAGUUAAAAUCUAGCCGCUUCAAAGAGUUGGAGGAGCGGUAUUGGCAUAAGUUCAACAAUUUUCAGUUUCAGUUAAUUUUACAUCAGGAAGAGAGGGAUUCAGUAUUGGCCAAGAUUGAAGUUUCACAAGCACAUUUAGAGUUGUUGAAGCGAACCAAUGUGCUUAAUGAUGCCUUCCCCAUCUGGUAUGAUGGUGAAUUUGGAACAAUUAACAACUUUCGAUUGGGAAGACUUCCUAAUAUUCCGGUCGAGUGGGACGAGAUAAAUGCUGCUUGGGGCCAAGCUUGCCUUCUUCUCCAUACAAUGGCUCAGUAUUUUCGGCCAAAAUUCUCAUAUCGGAUAAAGAUUCUUCCCAUGGGGAGUUAUCCUCGAGUAAUGGACAGCAACAACAUUACUUACGACUUGUUUGGUCCGGUGAACUUGUUCUGGAGCACUCGCUACGACAAAGCAAUGGCAUUGUUCUUGACUUGUCUUAAGGAGUUUGCAGAGUUUGCAAAUUCCAAGGAUAAAGAAAGCAACAUCCCGCCUGAGAAAUGUUUCAAGCUGCCUUAUAAGAUUGAGAAUGACAGAGUGGAAAACUACUCUAUUACACAGAGCUUCAACAAGCUGGAGAAUUGGACUAAAGCUCUCAAGUACACUCUCUGGAAUUUAAAGCGGACUCUGUACUGGUUUGUUGGGAAUACAACUUUCCAGCCUCUUCCGUCAUCGACAGUCUCUGAUCAUGAAGUUCCGGCUGCAGCAGGCUCUUUGUACUUGAAACAUAACGCCCGACUCGAACUCUAAAAACCCUUGAAACAAUAGUUGUUCUAUAUGCACAGAAACUAAUCACAGAAGUGGACCGGUUUCUGUGUUUUUAGAUUUUUUUGUAAAACAAUAUUUGAAGCAAUAUACUAAAUUGUAAAUAGAUAUAAGGAUUCGAUUGGAUCUUGUACCUUCAUAUUACUUGUCUGGGAUAUUUUAAGUCUUCAAUAACAAAUGUCAUUUAUUGCUUA